UCAUUUUUAUGAAUUAAAAUAUAUUUUGAAAACUGAAUAAAUUUUUUGUUUUAUUUCGAUGCUCCAUUUGAAUUAAAUUCUUUAGUUAUUUUAUCGUUAUUACUCUAAAUUUUAAGUUAUUAUGAAGAAUGAUUCUAAUGAUGAUUAUGAUCCCCACGAGCAUCGCGAUGUUAAGAAACCCACAAACAAUUGGCAAACGAUGGUGCAUUUCUUGAAGGCUUCAGUUGGCACUGGAGUGCUGGCCAUGCCCAAUGCUUUCGCCCAUGCUGGAUAUUUGAAUGGCAGCAUCUCGACUGUGAUCCUUGGCUGCAUAGCUCUAUAUUGUCUCCACAUUUUACUCGGAUCCAUGUAUAUUCUAUGUAAGCGCAAGCGAGUGCCCUACAUCAGCUACUCGGAGUGCAUGGAAAUUGGUUUAAAGGAGGGUCCGCCCAUAUUUCAAUGCUUGAUUCCACUUGCCACCCCGAUAGUGGAUGGAUUUCUGGCCUUCUAUCAUUAUGGCAUCUGUUGCAUUUAUGUGGUGUUUAUGGCGAGCAACAUCAAACAGGUUGUCGACCAUAAUCUCAUCGUGUGGCCAGUUCGGACUCACAUGUGCUUUCUGGUUAUUCCGCUUUUACUCAUCUUUAGCAUCAGGAAUCUCAAGUUACUCGCUCCCUUUUGUGCGGCUGCCAAUAUUCUGCUCCUUUUCGGUCUAUCCAUUGUAAUGUAUUAUAUUUGCACUGAGUUGCCUCCUUUAAGUGAACGAGAAAUGCUUGUGGAUAUCAGACAGAUGCCCGUCUUUUUCGGUACUGUUCUCUUUGCUUUAGAAGCUGUGGGCGUGAUCUUAGCUAUUGAAGAGAAUAUGGCCACACCAAAGUCCUAUGUUACCCCGUGUGGCAUCAUGAACUGGGGCAUGGCCAUUGUGCUGACUUUGUAUGCAACAAUCGGAUUCUUUGGCUAUUGGAGGUACGGUAAUGAGGUAUUGGGCAGCGUUACACUCAACAUACCGCAAACAGAUAUCUUGCCGCAGUGUGUGAAGAUAUUAUUUGCAGUCACAACAUAUAUUUCAUAUGCAUUGCAGGGUUAUGUUGCGGCCAACAUUAUUUGGAACAAGUAUUUGAUUAAACAUUUCCCAGAUGAAUCCAAGCAUACGAGAUACGAACUCAUUAUGCGCGCAGUAAUUGUGAUUCUGACCUUUCUUGCUGCGGUUGCCAUACCGGAUCUUGGACUCUUCUUGUCGCUGGUCGGGGCAUUAUGUCUCUCUAUAUUGGGACUUAUGUGCCCGGCUUUGCUGCAAAUCUGUAUUCAAUACGAACAGGGUUACGGGCGUCUAAAGUAUAAGCUGGUGAUUAACAUAUUGCUAUUUAUGUUCGGCGCUUUCGGCGGUUUUGUGGGUACUUUUGUCAGUGUCGAAGAGAUUAUUGAUACAUAUGCCUGCAAUAAGGCAGAGAUAUGAGUAUUUUUAGACAAUUGGAUAUAUAUUUUUUAAAUUUAUAGAUUAUGCAAUGCAAUGUAUUCAUAAAUGAAAGCAACGAGUUCGAGUAGGUAGGAAUUGAAUGUAGAGACAAAGUACAAAAUUUCCUUUAUAAUUUCACAUCGACAUUCUGAUAUACAAUAAAA